UGAAGAGGUUCCACUUGGAAGGCGCGGCCCACUCUCCUCAGUUUAACAGAUGGCAGUUGUUGCUUGGCAACAUACAGACACACAAACCAAGCAAGCAGAGGGGCCAGAAGGCGUCCUAUUCCAACCCAAUGCAGGUUGUUCGCUUAAGUCAUCGCUUGAUAGUUUAUUCUAGAGGUUUACUUGUAAGGACAACAUUUAUUAAAGAAGAACAAUAUCGAAUAUAAAGCUAUCAGAUGUGAUCACAUUGUGUUUACUUCUGUUGUAGUUCGUUAACUAGCUUGCUAUGCUAGCAUGUUUGCUAACCGGACAGCAAAAUAACGGUAACUGAACUGCAGCUGUCAUGGGCAUAAUGUUAGGUUUCUAAUGCUUACGUUAUUAGGAGUGAGUGAAUCUCUGAUAUGAUGGAAAAGGUGAUGCGGGUCGCAGUGCGCGUAAGACCACUGCUUCCUGCAGAACUCCGCCAGAACCGGGAGAUUUGUGCACAUGUUGAAGCAGACUCCGGUCAGGUUAUACUGGCGGGCGGGCAUGCCUUCCCCUGCGAUUUCGCCUAUGGCCCCACAGUGUCACAGGAGAGUCUGUACUGUUCCAGUAUUAAGCCUCUGGUAGCGUCUUUUUUCGCCGGCGUAGAUGUCAUGGUCCUCGCUUACGGACAGUCUGGGUCAGGCAAGACCUACACUCUAAUAAGCGGGCGACACAGUGAUUCUGAGGGUGACAGAGGAGUACUGUGGCGUGUGUGUGAAGAUGUGUUUCAGAUGACUGCCCAAGAGCACACACACCUCAUCCUGAGUGUGUGCUGCGUUGCACUAUGUGGAGAUGAGCUACGAGACUUACUGGGAUCGGAUGAUACACAAUUAAAUCUACGCAUCAUGGAGGAUCGGAAUGGUAGAACUGGGGUGGAAGGAGCUGUGGAGAUCCCACUGAGUUCCCUGGAAGAUCUGCGACACGUCCUGGAGUGUGUGUCUGACGUGAACCACCAGCGCUCGUCCUCACACACACUCUUUUGGCUGCGGCUCAGGCGGCGCUUAGACAGCAGUUCCCAGGAUGCGUUGCUCUCCACACUAUUGCUGGUGGACCUGGCCGGCUGGGAGCGUGAUUCCGGACUGGUGAACGCCGGCACCCCCAGAUUCAAACGCUCCCUCCAGAUCGGCACAGAGCUCAGGACUCUAGCCGACAUGAUUCAGCGGGACACACUCCCCCACGCCACCCCGCGGAGUCACACACACCCCUCCCGCGCCCCGCCUAGCCGCGCGCACACGCCAUGCACUCCCCUCACACGGUUAGAUUCAGGUUCAGACUCACCAACCGGUCAUCGAUACGCUGCAUAUCCAUCAAUCCAUUGCACCUCCGCACACACACACACACACUCACCGCUGAUGAGAUUGCUGCAGAACUCCCUAUCUGGCUCCGCCCACACCCUUCUAUUGGUGUGUGUUAGCCCCGCCCAGUCUAGUCUGACUGACACGGUCAGCUGUCUGAUGCUAGCUGCACGUGCUCAAGACAAAUCUUCAUGCACAGACCCGAGAGGCGUGCCCACACGCACACACACCCCGCUUGUGGCACACACACACGGCCCCCUCGUGCACCACGCCGCCCAUCUCCUGGAGGACCUCCUGGACUCCCUCCUCACUCCCUCCCUACAGCAGAGACUGAGCGCGUGGUUAGAUGCCUACAAGGAGACGCUGAGCCCCUCUCAAGGCCCAGACCGCAGUCUGUGUGAGACCUACGGCGUCCAUCAGUCUCGGACGCCAGCAGACACAGCAGGAGGUGCGGAGACAGAUGUUGCGCUGACACAGGAUGCUUCUGCAGAUGUGCAAUCACUACAGGACCUGAAACAGCACUGUCGUCUUCAGGGCGAGCUCCUUGUGGAGCAGAAGCUGCUUGCUGAUUGGCUGAAGCGUGACCUUCGAGCCUCUGACACUGGUGGCCAGAGAAUCCAGAGCAGCCCUCUGACCAAUCAGCGGCCAGCUCAUCUGACCAGACAGCCUGUCCGCUGUGGCUCUGCAGGCAGCAGAAAGGCGUACAGCAGUCCCUGUGACCUCAGCUUGGAGAGGUUGUCGGCCACGAUGAAGACCAGUAACCAGCUGCUGCUGGCCCAGCUGGAGGAGCAGGAGCAGGUGCUGCGGCUGCCCAGCGGAACGAGAGGCAGAGAGAGCCAGGAGAGAGAAGAGCCAGAGAAGAGCGGAACGAGAGGCAGAGAGAGCCAGGAGAGAGAAGAGCCAGAGAAGAAGGACAAGAAGAGGACUGUCAGAUCUCUGUUGAACCGCACCUUCACUCGCAAACACGCCACAGACGCGAACACAUCGACCCCUGACCCCCAGGGCACGUCUGGGCUGCGGCGUGUGUGUGAGGGGCAGGCCAGAGUGUGUGACGGCCAGUCUGUUCUGGUCAGCGAGCUCCUGAUGAACAAGGCACUUUUGGAGAAGAGAAGAGACGAUCUGAGCGGCCGGCUGACUGAAGGGAACACACACACAGAACAAGACGACCGCGCUCUCCACCAGCUCGAGGAGACCAUAGAGGCUGUGGACGCUGUGAUUGGCCUGCGUCGUCAUCCAGACCAGCAGGGGGCCACAGGGAGGCAGCUCAGCGAGAGCUCUACUGCUGUAGGUAGUCUGAGAGUCCUGAAGGAGCUCUCUCUGCAGGAGGCAGAAGCUCUCUUCCAUGUGUACUUCAGCAAGGCGGUGUGUCUGCGGGAGAGCUGCGCGUCACAGCAGAGGCGUGUGUGUGAGCUGGAGGAGCUCCUGUCCGUGGAGCGAGAGCAGAGCUCCAGGAGGCUCCAGCAGCUGGAGAAGGAGGUGUUCUUCUACAGGAGCAGCAGCCGCGAGCUUCGGCGGAGGCUCAAGGACCUGGUGCAGGACGCCCCCUCGCCCCCCUCCAGCAGGGCCUCGUGCACCAGAGGCAGCGGGGAUGGAGGCCACAGCCAGGGAGGGGCGCCCGACUGACGUGAAGCGCCCCGC